AUGGCCGAAUCAGAGACCCGCGAAACCCAGCUCAAAACCCUAGAGUCCCUCCUCCAAGCCAACGAAAUCCUCGCCCCAGACUCCCCAGAGUACCGACCGUACAGCCAAACAUGGGCGGCCCAGAAACAACUGACCCCACGCCUCGUAAUCCGGCCAACCUCCGUGGGAACCCUAAGCAAUGUCAUCGCCUAUCUCUACAGUACAACCCUCGAUUUCGCGAUCUACGGGCAUGGCUUUGGGUCUACGUCUGCAAAUGACGUGUUGGUGAAUACAUCGGCCUUUGACGACUUCCACUUCGAUCCACACUCGGAAUUAGCCACUAUCGGUGCCGGACAGACGUGGGUGGAUGUUUAUCGGAAGAUGGAAGAGGAAGCGCCCGGGUAUGGAAUCGUCGGCGCACGAACCCCCUCCGUCGGCGUAGCAGGAACAGUCGUCACGGGCGGGAUCUCGUGGCUGUCAAACGAGCACGGAUGCAUCUCAGAUCCGGACAAUAUGCUCGAUGCAAAAGUGGUCAAGUAUGAUGGGUCGGUCGUUUGGGCUUCGGCUGAGCCGGAGUUGCUUUGGGCGUUGAGAGGGGGUGGUGGUGGGUUUUGUGUUGUCGUCAGCGUGAUCCUCCGCGUCUUCCCGUAUCCGCAGGAUAUAUGGGCGGGCCCGAUUCUUGUUCCUAGGGGUCAACUUGAGACAGUCGCGGAUGGUCUUACAGGGUUUCUUGCUCGGGAGCCUGAUCCCAAGAUUACCAUGUUCCUCUAUGUGAUGAAGAAGAAGCUCCUCGCGUCCCUGGGAAACAUCGACUCGGACAUGCUGGUUAUCCAUGCAUAUGAUGCGAAUGGCGAAGCGCACGGCCGGGAGAGCUUCCGAUGGGCUCUGAGUAUUCCUGGGGCAAUUGACCAGACGAGGGUUACCACUUUUGCCGGUGUGAUCCAGUUGCAAGACAAGGUCCAAACCGCCAAAGGCACGAUGAAGCAGGUUUUCGUACCCCUCGUGCUCCAGGAUCUUCCGAAAGAAACCAUCAUCAGCGCGAUCAAAUGGUUCGAGGACCUAGAAGGUAUCGAUGAGUCGGUUGCAGACUGCACCUAUCUCAUCUUUGAGGUGCUGUGUUGUCGAGACCCAGCAGGCUCAAAUACCAGCGUCGCCUGGCCUAGACCUCCCGGCGCAAAGCAUAUCCUUCUUCUUGGCCCUGGGUGUCCUGCAGAUGCUGGCCCGGACAAGGAAAGGCUGGUGAGAGAGCUGGCUAUUGAGCUACCGUCGAAAAUUCUAGGUAAAGAUGCUCAGAUCAAUUACCUGCCAAAUGGAUAUGAGGAAUAUCUUGACCCAAAACUGUUCUGGGGCGCGCAUGUGGACAAACUUCAAGCUCUGAGGAAGAAGUACGAUCCGAAGGAUAAAUUCAAGGGCGCAAUCAAACCUGCAUCGUAG